UUCAGCACCCUUAACAAUCACGUGCUGUACACGUGACCAAAGCAACAUUAGGUUUUGCCGGCCCAAAGGAAAAAAAAAACCCUAAAAUCUGAUAUAACUAGUAUACAAAUUUCACCUCCCUCUUCCCCUUUCCCCCUUUGUUUUCACAGAUCUUUGCAGAUAUCUCAACAAAAUGGUGACUGCAACAGGGAAGAAAUCAAAGAGGACCCAUGAAAGCAUCAAUAACAGAUUGGCUCUUGUUAUGAAGAGUGGCAAGUACACUCUUGGUUACAAAACUGUUCUCAAAACUCUCAGAACCUCCAAAGGGAAGUUGAUAUUGAUAUCUAACAAUUGUCCACCAUUGAGGAAAUCAGAGAUUGAGUACUAUGCUAUGCUUGCUAAAGUUGGUGUUCACCAUUUCAAUGGAAACAAUGUUGAUCUUGGAACAGCAUGUGGGAAGUUCCACCGUGUGUCGUGCCUCAGCAUCAUUGACCCAGGUGAUUCCGACAUUAUCAAGUCUCUGCCCGGUGAUCACUAAGAGUUGGUGAUCUAGUAGUAAUUUCAAUUAAACAAUCUAGAAAGCGAUUUUCCUGGGCUGCACCAAACCGUUUUGCUGUUGAGAAAUUCUGUACUAUCUUUUUGUUCUUGUUUUUCUGAGUUAUACCAAGAUUAUAGUGGACCUUGCUGUUACCUAGUUUUGUUGGUUUAUCAUUUCUCCCGAAGUUUGAGGCCAAGUACAUUUCGAUUUAUUCACAGAUCAAUUUCCCUUUA